AUGCUGGUGACCAGUUUGGAAGCCAGCCGGGACCUUUCCGAGACGGACUCAAUUCUUUUUGGUGCCGCGCUGGCAGUCUGCCGUAUCAUAGGCGCCAAGAUUUCCACGGCUGGACGCGCUACUGGCCAAAGUAGCGCUAUCCCAGCAUGGAGAAGAAGAAUUGAGGAACGUAUCGCAAAGGCUAGAGCUCUCAUCGGCAGACUGAUAUGCUUCAGAUCAGGCAAUAACAGGCCAAGAAUUGUGCGCACCAUCAGGAUAGCUUUUGCUGGGACAAAUGUCAGUUUGUCCCAGCCGGAUAUAACGCAAAAACUGACGGAGCACAUAGAUGAUCUGAAGCAGAGAAUCGCUGCUUGGGGAAAGCGGAUUCGGCGAUAUACCGAGAAGUCGACACGGUUCAACCAGAAUCGUCUCUUCCAGAGUGAUCAUAAGAGGCUCUAUGAAUCAUUGGAGCGACCAAUGGUAAGUGGAACGGGCCCAGCACCGAAUCAGGCUGACACUGUAGCAUUCUGGCGCGGCCUGUGGUCAGAGCCCGUAAACCACAGCGAGGGCCUUUGGACGGAAUUUGUGGCGAAUCGGUGCGCGAGUAUAAUGCCCAUGAACCCCGUCAUUAUAACACCGGAUGACGUAGCUGAGGCGGUCCGUAGGGCCCCGAACUGGAAAAGUCCGGGACUCGACGGUCUGCAUCACUACUUGCUGAAGGGGUUCGUGGUGUGUCACACUGUGCUCGCUCGACAGUUUCAAUUCAAUCAAAGGGAUCACCCAUUUGGUUCCUAA